GUGACACCUAUAUAGUACCAGAAUGUGGGGAAGAUGAUUGCACCUACUUAUGAGCCGCUGCUCGGACAACACAUUCGCCCCUUUUUACACGUGCGGCCUUUUAAUUUUCAAAUUAAUUUCAUUGCUUUCUACCGUCUCCGUACUCGUUGUCAUACUCGUAUAUCCUAGACUGGCCAUCUAUGGGUGCCCUGUGGUCUUUUUUCACCCCACCAGCAUCAUGGGUAAAAUAGUCUAAAUCCAAGAUGGCGUCGUUCCAUGAGGUCGCCCCAGACGCUUUGCCUUACUAUGAUCAAGGUUAUGAAGAACCAGGAGUACGGGAAAUGGUAAAUCAGCUAGUGGAAGAAGAGACGAGACGUUAUCGACCAACAAAGAACUACUUGGAUUUCCUACCAACACCAAACUAUGAUGUAUUUGUGACUCCAGUUCUGAAAAAUGAAUUUGACAGGAUCAGUCGAAAACAACCAAUGGAUCUACUUAGUAUGAAAAGAUAUGAACUGCCACAGCCUGCCUCAUCUCAGAAACAUGACAUAACAGCAUGGACAGAGGCUGUGGAUAACUCCAUGGCUCAACUAGAACAUCAAGCAGAAAGAAUAAUCAACCUGGAAAUAUUAUCUAAAUAUGGGCCCAGUGGGUGGAGAACGCAUAACGACCUUCUGACGCGUAUGCUAGAACAGCAACAGAAGCUCCUGAUGAACAUACGCAAACAAGUCCAGGAAAUUAACUGGAAAAGAAAGUCAGAACAGAGUCAGGCAGGAGUACAGCUUAAGCAACUUGAGCAAAGCUGGGUUGGGCUUGUGACGAAGAACUAUGAAAUAGAGCGUGCAUGCCUGCAACUAGAAGAGGAGGUUGAACGAUUGAAACACACGAAACCACAAAGAUGAACAGUGACUACAUCCAGAGCAUCUUUCUAAACCCAACCAGAAGCCGUGAGAGAAAGGAGCAAAAAUACCUGCAAGCUAAGAUUAGGAAUAACUACUUCAAUCAAACUAGUUAAAAGGAUGAAACAAUGCAAGUUUGGAUGUGAUCUCAUGCCUAGUCAGUGGGAAAAUUCAAUAACUAGUGAUCCCCGAGAUACUGUUAUUACUGUUAUGGCUGGUUUCUCUCCUAAGCAAACUUCGAUUCUACCAAGGUGACCAGUGGCUAGGGGUGGGUACAGUGGCAGUGCACCUAACCCUCCAUUAAGAGUGGUGUUACCUUAUUGAAAAAUUCUGAGGUCUCAUCCCCUUUAGGCUAGAUUUCCAGUUCGUUUCUUGACGGCUGGGAAUAGAGCCUACAUCCCCUUCUCCCUUUAGUAAAUCCUAAGUUCGUCCCUGCUUUAAAAAUUCAGCCAGCUGCCUUUCCAUAAGCUUAUUUUUCACUCAUUCUAACGGGUCUUUUUUUUUUUUAACGAAGCGCACAUUUCAUGUAACGACAUUUUUUGUGUGAAAAAAACUUGUGUACAUAAAACAAUGCGGCGAAAAAUAAAAUAAACUUAUUUUACAAUUGUCAGAUGUCGUGGAAUCGAGCGUGGUGUAAAUGCUAUAUCCCACGCUCGGGGACUUGUUUCAUUGUGAUUGCUCUCAAGGGUUUGCGGAUGGAAAGCUAGCCUCCGAAAUAAAUCUAUCAAACAGGUACAUAAGAAAACAUAGAUGGGUAUUUGAAGGGGUGUCUUGAGUGUGUGUUGUGUCUUUUUUUAUGCGAUCAUUGACAGUCUUGUGUAGUGUCUUUUUAAAUAUAUUUUAGUACUAA